AUGGGCCCCUCGACACCUCGCAGACCGCAAAAGCAGCGGAAUCAUCCUAGCAGCGGAGCUGGCGGCCGUCCGCCAAACAACGCCCCCACCGACUACGAGUCCGAUGCCUUCUAUCCCGAAGCUGCUGCUCAGCUGCAACCACCCAUACCGCAACAGCCCAUCGCGACCCAGAACCAGAGAGAGCACACCAUCGACGAGAUAAACCUCACCGUCCUCAAGCGCUACGUCCCCACAAUCCAGGACUAUACCGCAAUGGCACACAACGCCACCCUCUUCACGUGGAAAAUCGAGACGGGUGGCUGGGAGGAGACCGGCGUCAAAGGCCCUUUCUUUGUCUGCAACCAGGAGCAGCGGUUAUCUACCACCGGUCGCUUCAUCCCCCGCGCCUGCGCCUUCAUCUUGAAUCGCAGUAGCCCCGAGAAUGCCGUCUUUGACCUGGCAACUAUCGCAGAAUGCGAGUUACUCGAGGGUCAGCUCCUCUCUACAAUAACCGAUAGCGGCCAAGGCUGGGGCUUCUUCAUGGAUAUGGGAAAGGCGCAGGAGACCUGGGAUGCUUUUAGAAAGCUGUGGCACACUGUGCGAGCUGCAGGGCAGGGCUGA